UAAUGACAGAGUAAUUAUAAGAGCACAACAGAUCUCUCACUGCAGUGACUGCUGCUGAACCAUGAACAGACGCUUGCUCGGGAUUGUGUCCUUCUGCACUUUGUGGUUUGUCAUUGGGUUAAUUUACAGAUUUACACAAAUAGAAUCAUUUAGUAGAGAUUACCACAAGACCCUUGCAGAUACUCAUACAGUAUCUACUCCAACCCAUCAUCCAACAUCCCCUGAAGAUAAAGAGCUGCAGAACUUGCUGAGAUUGACAGAAUGGAACAUUGUACCAGUCCCUGUUGACUUUCAGCUUUCCACAAGCCAUAGGACUUCUUCAUUCACAUUACUGCACCAACGUUCCACUUAUACCAUGGGAGAAACCAUAGAAGUUCUAGUCAUAGCUAAGGACCACAAAGGUCACCCAAAGACAUAUGGAGGAGAUUUCUUUAAUGUGAAACUUUACUCUACCAGUAUGAAAGCUGGAGUCAGUGGAUCUGUCCAAGAUCACAACAAUGGUACCUACACAGCAACAUUUCUUCUUGUCUGGCCAGGAGAGACAAAGAUCUCAGUUAAACUUAUGCAUUCAAGUGAGGCCAUUGCUAUUCUGCAUGAGAAGAGAGACUCACGUCCAGACAAGGUAUACUACCAUGGGCACUUUGAAUUGAAUGGAAUCAGGGAAGUGGUGGAGUGUAAUUUUGACCUCCCGGGACGUGAUGUUUGUGAAUAUUAUGAUGCAGCGAGCGGUGAGAAGUGGGUGUGUGUCCGGCCAAAGAAGCUCCCUUGUAACUCGUACCGUCAACAUUCCUCAGGAGGAAACCGUGACAUCUUCAAUAAUAAAGAGAAGGAAUUCCUCUCAAUGUCUUUUACUGACCAGGACAUUCAGACUAACUUGAAACCAUUGAAUGUACUGCCAACAAGUGUGAGCAGGAAUGGAACAAGGACAGUGUGCACUUCUGGGUUACCUAUUCCAAAUCCUUCUGGGUUUUAUUAUCAGGAUUUGUGGGAGUCUCUCGUCUGUUCCAACCAGCAUUUCCCUGAUCCUUCCAGUGUAGCCAAUUGUCUGGCUGGGAAAAACAUCUACAUGUUUGGAGAUUCCACCCUGCGCCAGUGGUGGGAGCAUAUAGUUGACUUUGUACCCUCUCUCAAGCAGAUAGACCUCCAUUUGGAACAUAAUCCAGGUCCUCUGCUAGCAACAGACACAGAGCACAAUUACCUGGUCCAAUGGAGAGUGCAUCAGAAGCCACUGCGCAUGGAGAAGACUUGGAUCAGGGAAAUUCACUACAUUGCAUCUGAGCUUGACAAUCUUGGAGGACGAAAAGGGAUGGUUAUUGUCAUUAAUUGCUGGGCUCAUUUCCUCACCUUCCCCAUAAAAAUAUAUAUCUGGCGACUUCGUGGAAUCAGAGAUGCUGUAAAAAGGUUAUUGGAGCAUAACCCUGAAAUCAAGAUCCUUAUUAAAUCAGCCAACACUGGUUAUCGCUUCUCCCAUGGAAGUGACUGGUUGUCUCUUCAGCUUGACACAGUGAUGAGAGCCAUGUUCUCAGACUUGCCAGUUACUAUUUUGGAUGUUUGGCAGAUGACGUCUUGUCACCGAGAGCCAGAAAAUCUCCAUCCACCAAAAGUCAUUGUUAAGAAUGAAGUUGACCUAAUGCUUUCAUUCAUCUGCCCUUCCUGAGGUUAUUAGCAAUACCCAAUUUCAUUGGAAGAGAGAAACUGACUUUGAUAGGUUGGCAGAUUUAUUAUAAAUUCAAUUUUAUUUAGUCUUUCAGAUAAAAGCUACCUCAUAUUUCAUAUUGGCAAAACUAAAGUUGAGCGAAUUUUGGGUUUCCAUCAAAUGUAAUUUGUUGUUAUCUUAAUUUAAAUUCUUACAGGUUAAUGUAAUACAAAGUCUUAUUGUUGCUCACAGCAAGACCAAAUGACUAACAGCUGACCAGAUAUUGCUAUAUGCUGAUUGGUUGCUAUGGGUUACUAGAGAAGAAGCAAAUUUAAGAACAUUUAUUACAUAACCUUCCUAGCUCUUACAAGUAGGGUUCUUUUGCUUUAUGCUCUUCGAUGCCUUCCGUGUUUAUUGUCCUGUCUUUGUAAUUAGCUUGGUGUUGCAUUUUUACUUCUUAUUUGGUACAGAGCAAAAAAAAUACCAUUGUUUUUAAAAUUGUUACUACUACUGCUUGUUUUUUUAUUAUUAUUUUUUUUUCUUUUUAUUUAUUAUUAUUAUUAGUGAUAGGCGAAAAUCAACACUAUUAUGAAAAAUUCAUCAAGGGGCCCAUUUACUUAGCUCGAGUGAAGGAAUAGAGGAAAAAUAGUUUGAAUUUUGAAUGUU